AGUGUUUGCGCAGAUGCCUGAUCAAAAUCCAGCCCAGAUCCAUAAAUAAAUGAUUUCCAGACGGAGACUGGAGUUCCGAUGGCCUGUAACGCCACUAAUAAUCCAGUCUGGCAGAACCAUACCCGGCUAGAAUGGGAGCUGAUCUGCCUGGCUCAUUUUAAAGAGAGCAGAAAUCAUGAAGAAGGUGGAUUUUAUUCAGCACUGAAAGCCUGCCUUUAGAGGGCAAACUGCAGAGGAAUCAGCUCGUAGCCAGCAAGCCACAGGAUGCUGGUGGACACCAAACAGCUGACUUUGUGCAACGCUAAUGUUUGAACAUUUGGAGACUGACGAAGAAAUCUCAUCUCAUCAGGAAAACAUCUUAAUGGAGUCGACCUUUUUUUGAAGUGUAUUUAGAGAAGUGGACACUGGACAGUGGAUUCAGAAUACCAAGCAGGAUAAGCACAUCAACCGAAAAUGGAAAGCCAGGACUCCAAAACGCAAUCUAGCUUUAUUGAAUUUGUAAAGAAAGAAACUCAAGUGAUUCCUGGGCAGCAGCUGUUGGUGGUUAAAGAAGAGGUUCGCCAUGACUGGAGCUGUAGUCUGUAUCCGCACGACUCAAAGCCACCCCACAUGAAGGAGGAAGUGAAGCUUAAUGUGAAAAAUGAAAAAGAGAAACCCGAGUUCCCAGUGUGCAGUCACAUCAAACCCGAAGACAAGAAAAGAGAACCUCCAACGUGCAGCUUAGCUGAACAGAUGGAAACAGAACCUGGUGAAGAGGACUGUGGAAAACCAGAACCAGGCAGGAACCCCAGUCCUAUAUGUUCUUUUCAAGAGAGUGAGGUGACAAUCCACCAAACAGAUCAGCAGCUGUUGGGGAUGAAACGAGAGGCUCCCCGUGACUUGACCUCUGAUUUGAAUCAGAAGGAUCCACAGGCCCCCCACAUAAAGGAAGAAGAUGAAGAACUGUGGAUCGGUGAGGAGGGAGAGCAACUUCUUGUGAAGAUUGUAGAUGAUGAGAAACUUAGUUCAUUAUCAGAAAAUUAUCGUAUGAAACCUGAAGAGAGCAGAGAGACAAGUGCUCCAAGUAAGAACUCAGCUGUACAGAUAAAAAAAGAACCUGAUGGAGACUGUGGAAAACCAACACCGAGGAGGAAUCCUCGUCCAAAUACACGUAUACAGUCAAAGAAUAAUGAAAAUGCCUCUGACUCUUCUGAUACUGAAGUCAGUGGUGAAGAUGACAAUUGUGUGUCACGUCGCUCAGUAGAUAAGUCUUCUGGCUCUUCAGUUAAGAAGAAACGUUCUAGAAAAAAGCAAAGCUCUGACACUCAAACUGGAGUCAAAGCUGAGAAGAAAUCAUUUGCCUGUGAGGAUUGUGGUAAAACAUUUCCCUAUCAGUGUCAUCUCAAAUCGCACAUGAGACUCCAUACUGGGGAGAAACCAUUUGCAUGUGCUGAUUGUGGUAAAACUUUUUAUCAGCAGUAUCAACUUAAUUGUCAUAUGACAGUGCACACAGGAGAGAAACCAUUUUCUUGUGAUUUUUGUGGUAAAACGUUUCCCUAUCAGUGCCAUCUCAAAUCUCAUUUGAGACUCCAUACUGGAGAGAGACCGUUCGCCUGUGGUAAUUGUGGUAAAGCAUUUACAGAGCUGAAGGAUCUUAAACGGCACAUGAGAUGCCACACAGGAGAGAAACCGUUUCAAUGUGAGGUGUGCUCCAAAAAAUUUAGCCUGAAGGGAGCUUUAAAGCGACACAUGAUGAUCCAUAAUGGAGAAAAACCAUUUGCAUGCACAGAUUGUGACAGACACUUCAGAUUUAAUGCUGAUCUACAAGCACACAUGUUAACCCAUUUAGGAAUAAAACCAUUUGCCUGCGCUUAUUGUAAUGCAAAAUUUACUCGAAAAGGAAGUCUUCUUCUGCAUGUUCGGCACCAUACUGGGGAGAAUCUGCUAACCUGUGAUAUUUGUGAAGAGAAAUUUGUCCGAAAAUGUGAUCUUGACAAUCAUAUGCCAGUUCACUCAAGAGCACAGAGGGUUCCAUCUGGAAAUGAGAAUUUUGUCUGCGACGAAUGUGGGAAAAGGUUUGUUGAGAAGUCACGUCUAACAAGACACAUGAUUACUCACACAGGAGAAAAACCAUUUAGUUGUGAUGUUUGUUGUGCAAGGUUUUCACGACAGGAACACGUGAAGAGGCACAAAAUGACACGCCACAGUAUGAUCAGGUCAAGUGAAGAAACAAAAAAUUACACAGGAACGCAAGAAGAGACACAAAAUUACACAGAAUCGCAAGAAGAGACGCAAAAUUACUCAGGAACACAUGAAGAAGCACAAAGUUACACAAGAAUGUGUGAAGAGACAAAAAAUGAUGCAGAAGUACAAGAAGAGACUCAAAAUUACACCCCACAAUACAUGAACAUAUGAGGAAACAGAACAACACAAAAAUGAAGAGACACAAAGUUACACAGCAACACACAAAGAGACACAAAAUGGUGGCAAAACAAAUUCAUACCCCUCAGUUCCAGUUUUUCAGAGAGAAGGACUUGAUGGUCCAUUGUUGUAUUUCUUUUGUUGAGACAUUAGUGUUGGAUUCAAAUAUUGAGGGGAAGACUUUUUGGUUUGAGAGUGAAUGCUGGCCAGACGAAAAUCUGCAUGACAAAGAUUUUUUUUGAUGAUGUACAGGUUAAGAUCUUUGUUUCUGUCUUUGACAGUCUGCCUUUUUUUAGUGGUUUGCUGACACCUGCUUUGUAACAUGUACUAACCUUUUGACUUCUCCUUAAAGACUGAAUUGUAUUGCCUAUAUAAUUAUUUCUAACGUUAUCUCUAACGUCUUUUGUAAUUAGACUAAAAUUUCAUUUUAGAUGCUAGAAGAAUGAGCUGAUGUCUGUCCUCAAACCCUGUAAGUAUAAACCUAAGCCAGCCUUUCCUUCAUAAAAACUGAAUUUGGCAGGUAAUUUAUUGGUAUUAUGUUUUUCUAUAAUAUUAACAUUUUUUUUUUUUUUUUACUUUUGCCUGAUAGAGGACUUAGCUGUCUGUUUUAUAACAAAGUAUAAAACAGAACUGACUUCUCCUCGUUUAAGACUGAACUUUGUUGGUACUAAAUGCCAUCAUCAUGUUUUCUACAAUCUUUGUAAUCCAGUUUAAGUUUUUACUUUAAGUCAGUAGAACAUUUAGUUUGUUCUGUAACAUGAUAGUUUAAAGAUAAACUAACCUUUCCCUAACAGCUGAACUUGACUGCUAACAUUAUGUGUUUACAUUAUUUAGUAAAAUCCCUAAGCAUGUUUAGGUCACUAUCUUUUUUUGUUACAAGAUUAAGCUAAUGUCUGUUCUGUAGCAUAGACGUAUAAACCUCAACUGAACUCAUCUAAGAUAUUUCUAAAGUCUUUGACGGGUUAACUUUUAAAGUUUUUACUGUUAAAAAUAUUUUUUUUGCUAUUAGAAGACUGGGUAAAGGCGAGUUCUGUAGUUUGGCUGUGUGAAAUAUUUAUCUGUAAUGUCAGCUAUGAUGAGCUUUGUCUGGGUCUAGUUGAUUGUCUUGGAGUUCACUAGAACAACGGGAGGAAAUUCUACUUUGUUCUUCAAAUUAAACAAAGUCAGUAAUCUGUAGUUGCACCUGUAGGGAUAUUGUUUCUGUGCCUUCAACUUGUGAUUAUAGAUUAGAUCCAGGGUAAGAGGUCCUGGUCUUUCCUCCAACCACAACACUCUCAACAGACUGAAAUCUAAAACAAGUGGAAAGGAAAAACAUUGCUUUAUAUUGGGUUAGAAACUCCUUUUAGAUUAGAUAUGGCUAAUAAUAUGAAUUGACUAAACACUAAUGCCACUGAUGUGCCUUUGUUUUGUUUUUUUUUUCAGCAGAAGUUUUGUUCUGUUUAGGUGAUUGCUGUGCUAUUGAUUUUUGUCAUACUGCUCCAUCUGAUUUUAUGACUGUUUUGACUUUUUUUUUUAAAGUAGCCUAUAAGGUACUAUGUAGCUAGCAUCUCUUUGACCAGACUCUGCUGCUGAAAUCUGUUAUGUGUGUUCCUCUUUGUGUAGACACAUUAAACAUUUAAAGGCCA